AUGGCGGCGUUGCGCGGCCCGCGCUGCUGGCGGCUGUGGCGGCCGUGGCGCCUCCCGCCCGGCGCCGCUGUCGUGUUCCCGAGCCGGAUGCAGGCGCUGCAGGACCGGGCCGCGGCGCCGCUUCUGUCACUAGGGGCCGCGCCGGCACCGGGCUGCCGCUCCGCAUCCCGAUUGCCGCCCGGAAGCGGCCGCCGCGCAGCACCGCAGCGCACGCUGGUGUCCUGGCGAGCGCUGGGAGCCGCCCUCAUCCUGUGCGGAGGGCUGCUGCUGGCCAUGAAGAGGGUGAAGAAGGCGAAGGAGGAGAAGCUGGAGAAGGAGCGGAACCGAGGCAUCGGGAAACCGCUGCUGGGAGGGCCCUUCUCGCUUGUCAGCCACGAGGGACAGCCCAGGACCAACAGAGACUAUCUUGGCCAGUGGGUGCUCAUCUACUUCGGCUUCACGCACUGCCCCGACAUUUGUCCUGAGGAACUGGACAAAAUGAUUGAAGUGGUCAAUGAAAUUGAUAGAAUCCCGUCCUUGCCUGAUCUGAUCCCACUCUUCAUCACCAUUGAUCCUGAGAGGGACAGUGAAGAAGCCAUUGCCAGAUAUGUUAAAGAAUUUUCUCCAAAGCUGGUUGGAUUGACUGGUACCAGAGCACAGAUCGACCAAGUGGCCAAAGCCUUCCGCGUGUAUUACAGCGAAGGUCCCAAAGAUGAAGACAAUGAUUACAUUGUGGAUCACACAAUAAUAAUGUACCUGCUUGGGCCAGAUGGUGACUUUGUGGACUAUUAUGGCCAGAAUAAGAGGAGUGCUGAGAUUUCUGCUUCUAUUGCUGCACACAUGAGGAAAUACAGAUCGUAAAGUAUGAGGUCUCUGGACAUACAUCAGCUGUAGAGUUGGCUGUAAUUGGGCAUUGUUUUCUGUGGAGCUCAAGAAGAAAUGCAUGAGUGUAAUGUCCAACCACCAUAUACCUCUUUUCUUCCAAAUACGAAAGGCAACAGUACUCAAAAAUCUACAGAACCUUCCUGCUGGAUAGCAUCUGCAGAGAAAUCUGGACUACAGGUUGAAAUUCAGGACUUCUUGGAAACGUUGGUGUGUACAAAAGAUAGAAAACACUUUUCAUUUCAGAAGAACACGUGGCAGAAUUAGUUGGUAUCUCUUGGCCAGACAUCAUCUGGAGGACCUUUGCCUUCUUUUUUUCACGCCUUCUCGGAAUGGCACUUAGUAUAUUGUGAUAGAGAGGCUGAAAGUUGUUGAGGUUGAGAAGAUGAAGAAUGCUGGAAAUGUCAGCAGCUGCCAUGCAUGGGACCAGCGCUGUGCCGUGCCCAAUCUUCCUCGUUUGAAUGCAGAAGUAGUGGGUUUUUUUUUCUUGAUGAUUUCUCCAAGGAAGCGCUGUUGACUUGUAAGGAAAUGAGUAAUGAGUUGCAAAUGCGUUUUUCUUCAGAUCAACGUGAUUUUUUGUGUAGUUGACCUGAUUGUGCUUUGUUGAGUAAUGAAGUGGGGAGGAUGAAGAGGGGUCUGUGUCUGUGCAUAGGACUGUUAACCAGAUAAAAUUUAUGCAGUGCAGCAUUUGAAAAUAAAGAUUGCUUUGUGUAA